GCGACUUUUAUACUGUGUGCACGGUCAUGUGUGUUCAACAUGUGCUACGAGGCAAUCAAUCGUCUCGGUCAGUCAGUGCCCAUCAUCAAAUAUUGACAGCCCAGCAGCUCAUCAAGGCAUGCACAUGCAAUAAUCGGUCUUACUUCAAUGGAUUGCCCCCCACGGAGUCCCACAGAGGCCCCAACAGCCGCUCCACCUCACUCAUACCCUGACCACACACACACACGCACAGACAUGCCCGCCCGCGCCACACACGUGACACAUACACAAUCGACGUGCUUUUCGCCUCCUUACCUCUCUCGGUUCACUCGCCGCCAGCCUGAUGACCACCCCGUGUGCCCUGCCGCCCGCACCUCCCAGUCCCCCGCUCCUCAGCCGCACCUCCCCGCCCCUCUCCUCAACAUAGACACCACUCGCAUUUACCAGCAGUCCGUCAGCACAUACCACUGUCGCGCCGCCAGAGUGCGGCCGCUUCCUGCUCAGCUCGGUGAGCAGGCGAUUCGCCAGCUCCUCGACGGCGGGGCCGAAGAGCACGAUGAUGGCGAGCAGUCGGUAGGCGGCCAUUGCGUGUGUGAGGGGCAGCGUGGGGGUCGAGGAGAGUUUGACUGAGUCGCGGAAGAGGGGGAGGGGCGUGGGGUUGUUGGGUGUUGGGGUGUCUGGUGCUACUGCUCCUGCGUGCUGCAGAUGGAUGACGUUGGUCGUCUCGUAGGCGAAAAAUGCCCACAGCUCGUCACUCGCAACACGACCUGCAGCCGCACCACGGAUGAUGAGAGCAUCACGGCGCGUCAACCAGUCUUCUCACCGGCCACGAUCCAGUCGAGCAGGACCACGCUGCCACACUCGUGGGGAGAGAAGGGCCGCCUGGUGUCAGAGGCAGAAGGGUCAUCGGCAGGCCUGGGGAUGUACUCGACGGUGAUGUGCUGAUGCUGCCUGCAGGACACAACGCAGAAGGAGAUAGCCGGCAGACAGGAAACAGACAGUACAGUGAAUGAGAUGAUAUAUAUUGGCAUGUUAGUCACUUGAAGUGCGCAUCUCUGAAGCAGAUGAUCGGAUGUGGCACCAAGGCCAGAAAGCCACGCGGCGAUACCUGAACAAGCGAAAGCGACCAAACCGGUGUCCGAUGAGGCCAGGCCGGCACACGCAUCCACCGCUCACCCCACCCUGCACGUCAUCCUCUGUCCACUCGGCACAAUGGUCUCGCUGCUGCCCCUCCCAUGGUACACCAUCCCGUACCCCUGCGUCGUCACCAGGGCACUCGCCGCACCCCUCACCUCCACCUGCAGAUCGAUGCAGUCCCCAGCCACCAACCCGGCGCCAUAAUUCAGCACGUACAGCCACUGACAUGCGCUGCGCAGCGAAGGCACGUCCCCGCCUGUAGAUCUGGGAUGUUGCAAUGAGUCGGUGGCCGCCGCCCGCUUGGGCACGUGCAGUCUGAGUGGGUAGGUGGCCUCGAGUGUGGCUGUGACUGGCCGCAGCGGCGGGGGAGGGAGGCAAGACGUGAUGGGUGCGGGAAGAGUGUCGAAGACGGCUCUGCCGCGAGAUAUGGAUGCUGAUGCAUCGGUGGAUGUGCUCGAGGCCUCAGUUGGUGCACCUGACGACAUCACCUGGGAAACUAACAGCCGAUUUCGUCUCUUUUCGUCGUCAUCUUCCUCUCUCCCUCCCUUUCGCGUCGUCGUCGGAUCUCGGAUCUCCU